AAGCUAUGGGACGGCGGAAGCUGAGGCACAGACACCAGCUGUUUCGACGCCUACGGUAGAUGAGUCGUUCCUUGAGGGUUCUGCAGCCUCGUAUAUUGAUGCCAUGUAUGAAUCCUGGAGACUCGCCCCGGAUUCCGUCCACGUCUCCUGGCGCACUUACUUCCGAAACAUGGAAGACAGGUCCAAGUGUCCAGAUCAGGCGGUUCGGCUACCACCAGGCUUCCUCUCAUCCCGGGACCCAGCCUUGAAAUCGGGAUUUGGUCUCAACCAAGGAACACAGACGAGCCAAGUCAAGGAUUAUCUCAAGGUCGUCCAACUUGUUUCUGCAUAUCAGUCCCAGGGCCACCACAUCGCCAACAUUGAUCCCUUGGGUCUCCGCAAGAAUGGCCAAGGCGUUCACGCUGGGCAUCCCAGGGAACUUGAUCCUGCCUACCAUGGCUUCACAACUACCGACAUGGAUCGCCAAUUCGCCCUGGGCCCGGAUAUUUUGCCCCAAUUCGCAGCUGAGGGGCGUGAAUCGAUGACUCUGCGCGAGAUCGUUGCCGCUUGUGAGUCUGUCUACUGUGGAAACUUUGGCGUCGAGUAUCAGCAUAUUCCCGAGGCCGAGAAACGCGAGUGGCUUCGCAAACGACUCGAGGUGCCAACUCCAUUCCGGUUCUCGCAAGACGAAAAGCGACGGAUCCUCGAUAGUUUGAUCUGGAGCACCAGCUUUGAGCGGUUCAUCGCGACCAAGUUCCCUACUGAGAAGCGUUUCGGUCUUGAUGGUGCUGAGGGACUGGCCCCGGGUAUUACCUCCAUCAUUGACCGAAGUGCCGAUGUACAUGGCAUUGAAGACAUCAUCAUCGGCAGCUGUCACCGAGGGAGACUGACCAUGAUGGGGACGGUCUAUGGAAAGCCUCGGGAGGCCAUUCUCGCUGAGUUUGCCGGGCGUGUAAAGACCGAUCUCCCUGGCAUGGCUGGCGACGCCAAGUACCACCUUGGCCACGACGGUCAUCGUAUUACACCCGACGGUCGCCGCGUCGGCCUCUCUCUCCUGGCCAACCCUUCGCACCUCGAGGCUGUCGAUCCUGUGGCAACCGGCUCUACAUACGCCACGCAAGAACUCCAAGGCGACAAGGAACGGAAGCGCACCAUGUGCCUUGCGCUGCAUGGCGACGCCGCCUUUUCAGGCCAGGGUGUUGUGUAUGAGACACUCGGGUUGUCAAGGCUUGACGAUUACAAUGUCGGCGGUACCAUUAGAGUCAUCGUCAACAACCAGAUUGGCUUCACCACCGACGUGGAGUGCUCGCGGUCGACUCCAUAUGCCUCUGAUCUGGCCAAGUACAUCAACGCACCCAUCAUCCAUGUCAAUUCUGACGAUGUGGAGGCUGUCACCUUUGUGUGCCAGCUUGCUGCCGACUGGAGGGCCGAAUUCCAAGAAGACAUUGUCAUCGACCUCGUCUGUUACCGCAAGUUCGGCCACAACGAAUUUGACCAGCCUACCUUUACCCAGCCCAUGAUGUACAAGAACGUUUCUAGCCAAACCCCUACCAUGGAAACGUACGUCAACAAGCUUGUGAACGAGGGCACACUCACUGCUACCGAGAUUGAGGAUCAGAAGAAAUGGGUCUGGGAUCGUCUAAACGAGAACUUUGAGACCAGCAAGACAUACAUCUCAGAGAGAAAAGAGUUUCCCCCUGCCUGGGAAUCCCUUCCUUCGCCGACUACUCUGGCGUCUGAACAAUUUCCCAUUACCCCCACUGCAGUUGACCACUCUAUCCUAGAGCCCAUCGCCAACAAAGUCAGCAGCGUACCAGAGGGAUUUGAGCUACACCCCAACCUCAAACGCAUUCUCGCCGGCAGACUUGCUGGUUUCCAAGAAGGCUCUGUCGAUUGGCCCACGGCUGAGGCUCUAGCCUUUGGAACACUCUGCCUCGACGGCCAUUCAGUACGCCUCACCGGACAGGACGUUCAGCGGGGAACGUUCUCCCAGAGACACUCGGUGCUGCACAACCAGGCCACUGGCGAAACAUGGACACCCCUCAGCAACCUUUCUCCCGACCAAGCCCGUUUCCAAGCUACCAACUCGCCUCUCAGUGAGUUUGGCGCGCUCGGCUUCGAGUACGGAGUAACGCUCGCAGACCCGAACCCCCUGGUUAUGUGGGAAGCCCAAUUCGGCGACUUUGCCAACAACACGCAGGUCAUUCUUGACAAUUUCAUCGUUGCGGGCGAGUCAAAGUGGCUUGACCGGUCUGGUCUGGUUUUGUCUCUGCCUCACGGCUUUGAUGGGCAGGGUGCCGAGCACUCCUCUGCUCGACUGGAGCGUUUCUUGCUUAUGUGCAAUGAGGAGGGACGGACGUGGCCGAUUGAUGAGAGCAGAAUUGACCGAGCACAUCAGGAUUGCAAUGUGGAGAUCGUUUACAUGACAUCUCCUGCCAACUACUUCCAUGUGCUCCGUCGACAACUCAAGAGGGAGUUCCGAAAACCCUUGGUUAUCUUCUUUUCUAAAUCCCUUCUUCGCCAUCCCAUUUGCAAAUCCGAUAUCUCGGAGUUCACCGAUCCCUUUGCUACCUUCCAGCCUGUCCUCGCCGAUCCCGCACAUGAGGCCGGUGAAAUUGAGAGCCCGGAGAACAUCUCCCGCGUCAUCUUCUGCUCAGGUCAGAUUUAUGCCUCGUUGGUAAAACAGCGGGCAACUCUCGGCCUCCGUGACACCGCCAUUACGCGAAUCGAAGAGCUACACCCCUUCCCUUGGCGCGAAGUCAAGGCCAACUUGGACAAGUACCCCAGCGCCCAGAGCGUGGUCUGGGCCCAGGAGGAGCACUACAACGGCGGAGCGUGGCAUUAUAUCCGCGACCGCCUGGAUGCCGUGCUGCGGAAGUCGGACUACCUUGCGGGUAGAAAGUUGUUGUAUGCUGGACGGGCGCCGAGUGCGAGUCCCGCGGCUGGUUGGAAGAAGGUACAUGAGGUGGAGGAGAAGAAACUGCUGGAGGAUGCAUUUUCUGUACAAGAAUGAUUGAUCGCAUUGCUCUAGCUUGUAUUUUGUUUAUUUGUGUGCAUUGCCGCAAUUCUAGAUAGCGAAUCAACAUAGUAACCUUGGUCACCA